UUAUUCAAUACCUCCAAAUUUCCACCAUCACCUCCAAUCUUUAAAUAAAAUUCUUAUAAUUAUAAUAUAAUAUAAUAUUACUAAUCUCCCCCAUGUUACCUGCUUAACUGCUACUGCUACUCUCUGCUUACAAAUAUUUUUAUUCACCACUUCACUUCACUUCCAUUCCAUUCCUACUCUCAAUCUAGAUCCAAAAAUGAUCGAAAUUUAACCCAAAUCUUCACUGCAAUUCAUGAAACAGAGCAACCAUGAUCAUGUUCAAACCCCAUUGUUUGUUCUCACUCAUUUUCUUGAUCUGUUGUUCUUCAUUUUUUGCAGAGUUGACUGAGGUCAACGAUGAAGCCUCUGUUCUGCUAUCCAUCAAAUCACACCUUCUUGAUCCGUUAAAUCAGCUUCAAGAUUGGAAGAUGAGUUCAGAACACAAUGUGCAUUGUAAUUGGACUGGAAUUGUGUGUAAUUCGGUCGGGAGAAUCGAAAAGAUUGAUCUUUCGCAGCGGAAUUUGAGCGGGAGGAUAUCCGAUGACAUUCAACGGCUUCGAAGUCUUACUACUAUCAAUCUAUGUUGUAAUGAGUUCUCUACAUCGUUGCCCAGAUCGUUUUCGAGUCUUACAUUGCUCGAAUAUGUCGAUUUGAGUCAAAAUAACUUUGUUGGUUUGUUUCCGGAAGGUUUGGGGAUGGCGGUCGGGUUGAGUUUUGUUAAUGUCUCCGGUAAUAACUUUUCCGGCGAUGUUCCGGCGGAAUUCGGGAAUAUCACGGCGUUAGAGACGUUGGAUUUGAGAGGGAAUUUCUUCACGGGUUCGAUUCCGGUUUCGUUUAAGAAUUUGAAGAAGUUAAAAUUUCUCGGGCUUUCGGGGAAUAGUUUAACCGGAUCGAUACCGAAAGAAAUCGGUGAGAUUUCGGGUUUGGAGAGUGUCAUUAUUGGGUACAAUGAGUUUGCGGGUGGUAUUCCGGCGGAGAUUGGGAAUUUGUCGAAUUUGAAGUAUCUUGAUCUGGCGUAUGGGAAUCUCGGGGGUGAGAUUCCUCCGGAGAUCAAGAAUUUGAAGUCGUUAGAGGCAUUGUUCUUGUACAAGAACAAUUUGAGAGGAAGAAUUCCUCCGGAAGUCGGAAAGAUGACUUCCCUGACUCAGCUGGAUCUCUCUGAUAACAUGUUGUCAGGAGAGAUUCCAGCUAAGAUAUCAGAAUUGAAGAACUUACAGCUCUUCAAUCUGAUGUCCAACAGGCUAACAGGCGGAAUCCCAGCUGGGAUUAGCGGCCUAAGCCAAUUGGUAGUUCUCGAGCUAUGGAACAAUUCCCUCUCGGGUCCUCUCCCGGAUGACCUCGGGCUCAAUUCCCCUCUGGAAUGGGUUGAUGUAUCGUCAAACUCCUUCACCGGGCCCAUCCCCGAAACCAUUUGCAAUCAAGGUAAUCUCACUAAACUAAUUCUCUUCAAUAACAAGUUAUCGGGACCAAUCCCUAUCGGUUUGUCUCGUUGUAACUCAUUGGUUCGCGUCCGAAUACAAAACAACUUCCUUUUGGGAACAAUCCCCGUCGGAUUCGGCAGUCUACCGAAGCUCCAACGACUCGAAUUGGCAAACAACAAUCUCACCGGUCAAAUCCCUAACGACAUUUCAUCGUCACCCUCUCUUUCAUUCAUCGAUCUCUCUCGAAACCAACUCCAAUCGACGCUCCCAUCGUCGAUUCUUUCGAUCCCCAAUCUUCAAAACCUUCUAGUUUCCGAAAACAAUUUAACUGGGAAAAUCCCAUCCCUAUUCCAAGAUUGCCCUACGCUUUCCGUCCUUGAUCUUUCAUCAAACCGCUUCACCGGAUCAAUUCCGGCGAGCAUCGCUUCGUGCCAAAAACUAGUUUACCUAAAUUUACGGAACAACCGCCUCACCGGAGAAAUCCCGGCAACCAUUUCCAUGAUCGGAACCCUCUCCGUUCUCGAUCUAUCCAACAACUCAUUAACCGGCGGCAUCCCGGAAAGCUUCGGAAACUCACCUGCGUUAGAAUCUCUAAACGUAUCCUACAACACCCUUCAAGGUCCGGUGCCGGAAAACGGUAUGCUGAGAACAAUAAACCCUAAAGAUCUCGCCGGAAACAGGGGAUUAUGCGGCAAUGUCUUACCUCCAUGCACCGGACACAUCUACAAUUCACGACACAGGGAUUCCCACACAACCCACAUCAUCGCCGGAUGGUUGAUCGGAACAUCAGUGAUCCUCGCCGUCGUAAUCACAACCUUCGCCGGAAAAUCUCUGUUUUCCAAACUAAACAAAACCGGACUCUGUUUCAAACCCCAAUUCGAAAUGGGUAAAACAGAGCACCCGUAUCGUUUAAUCUCAUUCCAAAAACUCAAAUUCACAAGCACAGAUAUUCUCAACUGUAUCAAAGAAUCAAACAUCAUUGGGAUGGGCGCCACCGGAGUAGUAUACAAAGCAAAGAUAUCACGAACAAACGACGUCGUCGCGGUUAAGAAACUCUGGAACAACAACAGGAACCCUGACAUCGAAAUGGGCACCAGCGCCGGUGACUUCGUCGGAGAAGUAAACGUUUUGGGGAAACUCCGGCACCGGAAUAUUGUUAGAUUGUUGGGGUUUGUGCAUAAUGAUAAUAAUGGGAUGAUUGUUUAUGAGUAUAUGGUAAAUGGGAGUUUAGGUGAUGCGUUGUACGGAGAACAACGGUUGGGUGUGGAUUGGGUUUUGAGGUAUAAUAUUGGGGUGGGUGUGGCUCAAGGGUUGGCGUAUUUGCACCAUGAUUGUUACCCGGCGGUGAUUCACCGGGAUGUGAAGCCGAAUAAUAUAUUGCUUGAUGAGAAUAUGGAGGCGAAGAUUGCGGAUUUUGGGUUGGCGAGAAUGAUGGUGAAGAAGAAUGAGACGGUUUCUAUGGUGGCUGGGUCUUAUGGGUAUAUUGCUCCAGAAUACGGGUACACGUUAAAGGUGGAUGAAAAGAGCGAUGUAUACAGCUACGGGGUGGUUUUAAUGGAACUCAUCACCGGGAAACGACCAGUAGACCCCGAGUUUGGAGAUUCAGUAGACAUAGUCGAAUGGGUUCGUCGGAAAAUCAGAGAAAACGAACCGUUAACCAAUAUAAUAGAUAAAAAUGUAGGAAACUGCAGACAUGUAGAAGAAGAGAUGCUUUUAGUCCUUAGAAUAGCCGUGCUUUGUACCGCGAAGCUUGCAAAAGAUCGACCCUCCAUGAGAGAUGUCGUAAGCAUGCUUGAGGAGGCAAGGCCGCGAAGAAAAGGUGGGAGUGACGGUAACGAUGAUGGAUUUGAUCCAGCAUCCGAUGUUAAAGAUAAGCCGGUUUUUAGUUCGUCGCCUGUAACCGACCUUUUGUAAGAUGGUGACCCGUGACGGGUUUGAAUCGCAACAAUAGGUCUGAGAAGUGUUGGUGCAUACUGCAUAGAGACAGUUUUCUGUUAAUUAUGUGUAGAGAAUAAUCACAUUUGUAAGUUUAUGAGUUGGUUAAUCAUGUGUAGAGCAUUUUAGUAAGUAUGUUGAUUCUUACCAAAAAUAAUGUAACAAUAGCAAACAUUCAUGAGUUCAAUUAUUUUAUGACAACUUGUAGCAUA